GCAUGUAGAAGAGCCAAAUUCGAUAGUGGAAGCUCUGAAGGAGGAGCCCAUAGCCAGGCUGGAAUCUAAAAAAAAGGGGAAACAAAGAGCUGAAUCUGGUUGUUUGAAUUCCAUUCAACUAGUAAAUUAUGUCUUCGAGCAUUGGGAAUGAAGAAUAUUGUCCGACGACAUUGACAGAUAUAGAGGAAAAUGAAUCUUUUUCAUCUACUGAAAAGGAAGUUGAAUCCAAGAGGAAAAGAACUUCAGUGGUAUGGAAUGACUUCAAAUUAGUACAGUAUAAGGGAAACAAGUUUGCAAAAUGCAACCAUUGUGGAGAACGAUUAGGUGGACAUAGUUCUAAUGGUACGAGCCACUUAAAACGACAUAGAGAUACAUGUGCCAAAAGACAAAUUGCUCAUGGAAAACAACGAACUUUGUCAAUUGGAGUUAGUGAUUCUGGUGCAGCUUCUUUAGGUCUACACAAAUUUGAUAUGGAGACUAUAAGAAAAUGUAUGGCGAAGUGUACAAUCAUGCAUGGACUUCCUUUUAGUUUUGCAGAAUAUGAAUAUCACAACGAUCUUCUAAAGGCUUGCAAUUCAAGAUUUGUUCCAUUUUCUAGAAAGACACUUACAAAAGAGGUUCAGUCAAUGUUCAAGACUGAAAAAAUGCGAUAUCAAGGAGUUUUAAAUAACCAUGUGCAGCGGGUUUCGUUGACAUUUGACAUGUGGUCCUCACAACAAACAUUAGGAUAUUUGUGUUUGACAGCCCAAUAUAUUGAUACAGAUUGGCAAUUGCACUCUCAUAUGCUUAAUUUUAUGCAUGUGCCUCCACCACAUAAUGCAAUUUGUAUAAGUGACAUUUUAUCAGAGUGCAUUACUAAGUGGGAAAUUCAAUUGAAGUUGUUUUCUAUUACUGCUGAUAACUGUUCAACAAAUGAUAGUGGAAUAACUUUACUAAGAAGGACCAUGGAAAGAAAAAACAAUAUUUCAUUUCCACUGAGAGGGGAAUACUUUCAUAUUCGUUGUGGUGCACAUAUUAUAAAUCUCAUGGUUCAAGAUGGUAUGAAUGAUAUGGUUGAUACAAUUUCAAAAAUUAGUGACAGUGUUAAAUAUGUAAGGGGAUCACCAAAACGACUACAUGGGUUCAAGCAAUGUGUAAAGGCAAUGGGUUUGGAUGGGAAGAAAAGUUUAAACUAUGAUGUUCCUACUCGAUGGAAUUCUACAUUUAUAAUGUUGAGAGAUGCAUUGUUAUUCAAAGAUGUCUUUCAACAUUUGGCAUCAUGCGAUCCUAGUUAUGCAUGUUUGCCUUCUGAGGAUGAGUGGUUUCAUGCAUUUGAUUUAUGUCAGUUCUUAAAGGUAUUUUAUGAUGCAACAAAUUUAUUCUCUACCUCUAAGCAGGUAACAUCUAAUCUUGUGUUUGAAGAAGUUUUAUCAAUUUAUCAUCAUUUGCGUAGGCGUCGUGGAACAUCAAAUGAACAUAUGAGGGCAUUGAUUUGCAAAAUGCAAGAAAAAUUUGACAAAUACUUCAAGAGCUACAAUAUUCUCUUUGCAAUUGCAGUUGUUUUGGAUCCUAAGUUCAAGUUGUCAUACUUGAAGUAUUUGCUUGAUGAUUUGGAUAAACCAGAUGCAAUGGUAAAAUAUGAAGUUGUAGAGAACAUCCUUCAUGAAUUGUAUGUUGAAUACAGAAACAUGUAUAAUGAAAGUGACACAAGUAAUAUGCGAAUGGACAAUGCAUAUACUAGUACAAUGAUUGCAACAGAAGAGUAUAGAAGUGUGGCUAGAUUUGGGUUCAAAACAUACUUCAGAUAA